AUGUUGCAACUAACACUAGCCGAUGUAUCAAAACAGUUGACCAAAGAUGUUAUCGAAGAGGCUUUUAGAUCGAAGACUAACAGUAAAAUUGACGUAGAAAACGUGCAAGUGACGACCGCGGCCCCAAAAGGAGAAGGCCUCAUCAGUGCUGUUUAUCGUAUAAAUGUGACUGGAAACCUUCGAUCCGCUUCUUUCAUAGCCAAAGGUCUAGUUCACGACGCAUUGUUAAGAAAAACUUUAAACUGUUCGAUGUAUUUUAAAAGAGAAACGUCGUUUUUCUCGAAAAUUCUACCAAUAUUGACUGAGUUACAAGAGUCUCUCGGAGCCAAUGAAAAGAUACAAAAUAGUAUUCCAAAAUGUUAUGACUAUUUUGUUGAUGGACAAAACGAUUACAUAUUGAUGGAAGAUUUAGUAGCAAGUGGUUAUGCUUCGAUACCACCAAUGCCGACAGAGUUUGAAAGAAAUGAAGCGCUCAAAGUAUUAUCUCAUCUGCACGCGGUGUCCAUGGCGUUAAGAAUAACGAAACCUUUCCUUUUUACUAAAAUAACAAAUGACAUUUACGAAAUAUAUUACCGUGAAGAAAAACGAUCUUGGUAUACACCGUAUUUACUUCGAGCAAUGGAGUUAGAUUUAGCAGUGUUAAGUGAAGACGAAAGAGUUUCAAACACUAUUUAUUAUGAGAAAUUCAAAAAAAUUAUAUCAGAAGAUCCUUACGGUGAAUUAGUAAAAUUAGUUACAACUCGCGGUGAACAUACGGUUAUAAAUCAUGGUGAUGCCUGGUGUCCUAAUUUUCUAUGUUCGAAAGAAAAAGCAGUCGCAAUAGACUUUCAACUAAUACGAGCAGCCUCGCCGGCUACUGAUUUAUCAUAUUUCAUUCUUCUUUGUGGUUCCUUGUGUCAAAGUAAAAAUGAUUUUAUGAAAGCCGUCGACAUUUAUUAUUCUAAUUUAGAAUACUAUUUGAGAGAUAUGAAUAUAAAACCUGAGGAAGUUUUUACUAAGCAAAUGUUAUAUAGUGAAUUAAAGAAAUAUGGAAAGUUUGGACUCUUGGCAACUUCGACUAGUAUACCUUUGUUGGCAAGCGAGAGAUGCGAUGUUAAUACAUUCGAAUCGAAAUAUGCCGGAGUGGAAAGAAUACCAUUAGAAGAACUGUGGAAACUGACACCUAUUACCGAUGUACAGGUGAAGGAAUGCCUAAUUAACGCAGUGCGGGUCGCGGUCGACUUAGGUUUUAUUUGA